CAAUCACUUUGAGGAGUUUGAGUGGAAGUCAUUCUUUCACCUAAAGAAUGCAUAAAAGACUCACAAUUUAAUGGGUCUUUCCUUUAAUUGUGUUCUUGAAUUAUUUGUUAUCGUCAGUAAGUUGUUUAAAGCUAUGAAGACAUAGUCUUAGAUCAACCUAAUUGAUGGCCCGUAACGUCAGUGGUCCGAAUGAAUACCUUCAGCGGUCGCCGACUGCUAAAUCUGUACAUACAUGCGGGAUGACUUUAUAAUGGCAUUGAUUAUGAACAACAUUUUGAAAGUAAAAAGAGUUUUUAGAUGUGGGAGAAGAUAUUUAUUACAGAGAAAUGAAAGUGCAACUGCAGAAGACUUGACAAAGUUUGCCGAGUGCCCUCCAUGUGUGUUUUCUGGGAUCCAGCCUACAGGAGUACCUCAUCUAGGCAACUAUCUGUGUGCUAUAAGGAAAUGGGUAGAUAUGCAACAACAAUAUGAUAGAAUGUUUGUCAGUAUAGUAGAUCUGCAUUCUAUAACAGUUCCACAGGAUCCUGCUACACUUAGAGAAAAUAUUUUGGUUAUGGCGGCAUGUUUGAUGGCAUGUGGAAUAGAUCAUGAGAAGACAAUAUUGUUUCAACAAUCAACAGUAGCAUAUCAUACCGAACUUGCAUGGAUCCUCGGAUGCUUGUGUACUUUACCAAGACUUAGCAAAUUACCACAAUGGAAGGAGAAAUCAAAAGUGGUGAAGGACCCUGGAGUGGGAUUGUAUACCUAUCCCAUACUACAGUCUGCAGAUAUAUUACUAUACAAAGCUACAGUAGUACCAGUUGGAGAAGAUCAGAUUAUCCAUCUAGAACUCUCCCAGGAUCUAGCUAGAGCUUUUAACAGAAUCUAUUCCAUCAUAUUUCCUUAUGCUAAACCUCUUAUAGGUGAUGUGUCCAAAGUCAGAUGCCUUAAGGACCCAGCAUGUAAAAUGAGUAAAUCCAACCCUAAUCCUAUGUCAAGAAUAGACCUGCAAGAUUCUGCCGAUCUUGUUGCAACAAAGAUAAAGAAAUCAGUAACAGACUCUAUUAGACUUCUAUCUUACGAUCCUCAGGAAAGACCUGGUGUUGCCAAUCUUAUAAACAUGCAUUCAUUGAUAACUAAUACAAGACCGGAAGAUAUAGUACAAGAAUUUGGAAACUUGAAUAAAGUUCAGUAUAAGGAGAAAGUGACAGAGUUUAUAAAUGGAACUGUUCAGCCAAUCAAUAAAGAGAUGACAAGAUUGUUAAGUGAUAAACAUUAUUUACAUACUGUACUGGAUACAGGCAUGAACAGAGCAUCAGAGAUAGCUGAAGUAAAUAUGAAAGAAAUUAAACAAGCAGUUGGAUUAAGAUAACAUCCGAUGUUCCAUAUUUUUAUCU